AUGUUCAAACUGACUCCCUCAGCUAAUUCUUAGAGAUCAACACCAAAAAGUUAUAGAAGAUUGAGCUCAAUCAGCCAUUCCAAUGGAGAAGUGCUAAUGAAUGAUUAUUUUAACUUACCAAUGGUAUCUACAAAGAGCACAUUUGGAAAUUAUGGAGUUAUUGGAUUUAAACCCAACACAAUCUCAGUAAUUGGAGAUUAUGAUGAAAAUAACCAAUAAUUUUCUUAAGAGAAUAACAAAAGACCAACUUAAAUGCAAAUUGUCUAAGGAGAAAAUAGUCAAGACACCACUAACUACGAUAUCCUUGAGAAGUAUUAUUAAAACAAGGCAAUUACUACUUAAAGAAGAAUGGAAGUUAAAAAAACCAAUACUAGAGAAAAUAUAAGAGAAGUGAGAAAUUUAAGCCUUUAAAAAAAAAACGUACAAAAUUUAGACAAAUUAAAUGAAAGUCAAAAAUAUUCUUCUGGAAGAAAUUAUAUUAUAAGAGAAAACUAAUUCAAGUAAAAUAACAAUGAUGUACAGUUUUCAAACAUAGAUUAUGGCUAUUAACAAAAAACAAAUACUAUCGAAAUGAUUUCAAAAAGAAUUGAGAAUUCUAAAAGAACACUUAAGAAGGUAUUUCUUAGUGUUUUUUUCUCCAUGGUGAUUUCAAAAAAGUACAGAUUAUUUAAACAAGAAGAAAAGUAAAUAAUUACCAUCUUAAAUUGUAAACUUUAAAGUUGCUAGAAAGUAAUAAACCAAAUUGGAAUUAGAUAAGUUGAAGAGCAAUAAUAAUAAUUCGUCUAAAUUGUUUCAAAUAAGGUUAUUCACUAUCUAAACAACCAAACUUAUAUCAAUGAAUGCAAUUAGAAUGACGAUGUAUCUAAUCCAGUAUAAAGUAUGGAUUGGAAAAAACUUAGAGUUCAAAGCUUUUCAAAAUUAAUUUACUAAAAUCUGGAAUUACUCACCAGAGAAUGCAAUUUCCCAGAACUAUUGAAAUGCUAAUUGAUCACCAGUCUUUAUAAAACUUCGAAAUAAUAGACUUCAUUUUUCGUAGGAGAAAGAUGUCAUUUCUAUUAAGCAAAUAGAAUCUAACUUACUAGAGAAUAAAAAUUAGCAAUAGCUAUGGAAUACUUACUAUUUUAAAUAGUAAUUCCAAAGUUACUACAAAUAGUUAAUGGUUUACCAACUUACAGCCAAAAUCACAAAAUCUAUACUUAAUAGAUAAUAGUAAUAAUUGCAAGUCUCUUACAUCGAUAAUUUGUAAAUAGAUUUUAAAACAUGAAAAAAGUAAAGAAUCCUAAUGGUUAUAUGGUCAAUAAAAAAUUGAGUAUAUAAUAUUUAGAAAAUGGUUUAUUUUGCAAUGAAAUUAGCAUUGCAGGCAACACUGGUGAUAAUAACGAAGUCCUCGAAGGACUAUUAGAAUAAGACCAAAUUUAAUCAAUUGAAAAUUCAAAGCCAGUUUGGAAAUAAUCAAUGGAUAAUCUCUUUGAUUAGAUCCUGUCAAAUGUCCAAGAUGUAAUAAACUUUUGA